ACCAUAUCACAGUCCUAAAGUCCGAAACUACAAUUUUCUUAAUUGUAAUAAUUAUAAAUCGCCGUAUCGUUUCUUCAUGCAAUGCAUUUCCCCAACAAUAAAACCAUUAUCUGCAUUAUCUCUAAUCAAAUGUCCUUUGGACCAAAACGGAUGGACAGAGUAGAUUGCACAUGUUUUAUGUUGGAUCUCUUACACACAUUCACUAGCUUCUCUUCCCUCUUUCCCACACACUUUUACAGAGAGACUCUUGUAUGUCUGCCUGCCUGUGCCUGCCUACCUGUAUGUCUGUGUCUGUAUCUGUCCUUCUGUCUACCUGUCUGUGUCUUAUGAUGUUGUACCCUAUAACGGGUUAAUAAUGUGUCAUUUCCCUGUCACCCCAUGGUGACUGUUAACACACCUACAUCUUAUCAAAACAUAUGGGUCACAGCCAGUUGUAUAACCACCUGAACUCUUGGUCACAGCAGGUUUUACCGUCUUCAUCUCUGAUAAGCCGAGAAUGGGGAGGUAUUUAACAGUGUUGUGGGAAACCUUUCCCUUCCCAUCCACAGAGCAUUCUGGUAAACACGUUGCAGGAUUAACAGGAAAAGUUUAAAACUGAUUAAUAGCCAUGGAUGUGCGGCGCGUACUGUGCUGUGGUCUCUCUUGUCUAUUGGUGUUCAAGGUGCUCAUAUUCCUCACCGUUGCCGCUGUCACUGUGACAUUGAUCACACUCUUGACUCAGGCAAUCACAUACCCAUACCCAACCGUUCCCCACCAGGACCCCCCCUACCUGAUCGGGGUGGGUCGCGCCGAUUGUACUGGACCUCCUGCUGAUAUCCCUCUGAUGGGCUAUGCUGUUCCCCAGCAGACAGCGGCCGGCAUCCACACCCGUCUGUUCAGCAGGGCCUUCAUCGUGGACGACGGGCAUAAGAGGGUGGUCUUCAUCACCGCCGAUAUCGGGAUGGUUUCUCAGAGGCUGAGACUUGAGGUGCUGAAGGCCCUUCAGGUGAAGUAUGGGACCCUGUAUCGCCAGGACAACGUGGUUCUGAGUGGGACCCACACCCAUGGGGGUCCGGCCGGAUACUUCCAGUACACCUUGUUCAUCAUCACCAGCAAGGGCUACGUCAAGCCCGCCGUCAAGGCCCUGGUGGACGGCAUCGUCCAGAGCGUAGACAGAGCCCACCGCAGCAUCAGGCCGGGCCGGAUCUACAUGAGCCAAGGAGCCCUGGAGGACAGCAGCCUGAACAGGAGCCCCCAGUCCUACCUCAACAACCCCCAGAAGGAGAGGGACAGGUAUGAAACAAAUACGGACAAACAGGUGGUGGUGCUCAAGCUGACGGAUCUGGACGGAGAUGGUGUUGGUAUGCUGAGCUGGUUCGCUGUCCACGCUGUCAGUAUGAAUUACACCAAUCAGAUGAUCAGCAGCGACAACAUGGGAUACGCCGCCUACCUGUUAGAACAGGACAAGAACAGAGGGUCCUUACCUGGAAAGGGUCCGUUUGUGGCUGGGUUUUCCUCCAGUAACCUUGGCGACGUCAGUCCCAACACCAGAGGCCCGGUGUGUGCCAACACUGGUCUGCCCUGCGACUACCUCAACAGCUCCUGUCCUAUAGGAGGGACAAAGAUGUGUCAAGCAUAUGGCCCGGGUGAGGACAUGUUUGAAAGCACCCGACUCAUAGGACACAACAUCUACAAGAAGGCCAAGGAACUGUAUGGUAAGGCAGACUGGGAAGUGACAGGGUUUCUGCAUGCUGCUCAUCAGUGGGUCAACAUGACUGAUGUCACCGUACAGAUCAACUCAACACAUACGGCCAGGACCUGUAAACCUGCGCUGGGCCACAGCUUCGCUGCAGGGACCACAGACGGAGGAGGGGACCUGAACUUCACCCAGGGGGCGGUGGAAGGCGACCCCUUCUGGGAUGGUAUAAGGAAUGCCCUGGUGGGAGAACCAUCCAAUGAGACGCAAGAAUGCCACCGACCCAAACCCAUCUUGUUCAGCACCGGAGAGAUGUCCUGGCCCGUUCCCUGGCAUCCUGAAAUAGUGGACGUACAGAUCAUCACUAUCGGCUCUGUUGCAGUGGUUGCCGUGCCGGGAGAGAUGACAACCAUGUCAGGGAGAAGAAUACGAGAGGCCAUCAAACAGGAGCUGGAUUCUGGAAGUUCCUUUGAAGACACAACGGUGGUCAUCGCAGGCCUGAGUAACACCUACACACACUACAUCACAACGUACGAAGAGUACCAGAUCCAGAGGUACGAAGGGGCGUCGACCAUCUACGGCCCGCACACGCUGGGUGCAUACCUGCAGAAAUACACAAACCUGGCCAGGGCCAUCGCACAGGGUACGGAGUCAGAGCUCCAGAGGGGCCCUGAGCCUCCGUACUUUGCCAACCUGCCCAACUUGCUGCCUGCUGCGCCCGUAGACAAGAAACCAGUCAACAGCAGCUUUGGACAAGUGCUGGAACAAGUGCUGCCUGUUUACAGAGUGGGUGACGUAGUCUCUGUCACGUUUGUAGCAGGAAACCCCAGGCAUUCUGGUGACAUAAGAGACAAGACCUUUCUCACAGUGGAGGUGUUCCAGAACACCUCCUCAAGCUGGGAGGUGGUUCACACUGAUGCAUCAUGGGAAACCAGGUUCCACUGGGUAAAGGGUUCAAACCGAGAGAGCAACGCCACGGUGGAGUGGCACAUCCCCGCCUCGGCCCAGCAGGGCUCCUACAGGAUCCAGCACUUCGGACACUAUAAGAAGAUGGUCGGCUUCCGGCCCCUCAUCACAGCUUACCAGGGCAGCUCUGAGGUCUUCGCCGUCUCACACACAUAUUACUACUGAAGCGCUCAUACGUGAAGUAUGAGCUGGAAGAGAUGGAAAUGCAGUGAUAGGAGGGAGUAAAUGGUUUAGGUAUACCAUGUCUAUGGCUCCAAGAGAUUUAGAUGACGGGUGGAUGGAUAGGUAAAUGGAUGUAUGGAUGGACGAAUGGACGAAUUUAAGUUCAAACCAUUUGACAUUUGACCGGCUUGACGGUGACCUCUUCAAGCAUUUCAAAUCACAUGACAUCUUUGUUUGACCCUUCUAAAAGCAACAGGAUCUAAACGCAUUUUGUAAUAUAAUCAUUUUGCCAAGAAUGAAUGGCCUCCAGAUUGACAGUGAAAUAACUGUAUGCUAAAAGUAUAAGUAAAGCGACUCUCAUUAUGUAAAUAAAACUGAUCAUCAGACA